AUGGCCGACGCCGUAGAAGAACAUGACGCGCCGGGCACAGUCCUCCUGGCGGAAAAACAGGGAAGCACGAAUCGCAUUCUGCUACACCCGACGCCUUCGGAGGACCCAAACGAUCCGUUGAAUUGGUCGCCGUUCCGGAAGAACAUCAACUUCGGCCUCGCUUGCGUAUAUGUCUGCUUGACCUUCGUCCAACUCGACAACGCGUACGUGGCAUAUGAGCCCUACUCCGAGGAUCUCGGCGUCACCUAUGACAGCUACAACCAGUCGAUCGCAUUGAACUAUGCAGGCCUGGCCGCGUCCGCUAUAUCUGGCAAGCAUGGUGGUGCAGCUUGCAGCAUGCAUCUGGGCCGCUACAUGCACAAUUCCGGCGAAUUGAUUGCCAACUCCUUUGUCGGCGGACUCGGAGGCGCACUCAGUGAAACGAUUGCAGUCGUUACGAUCGGCGACUUGUACUUCGUACACCACCACGCGUUGUUGAACGGUAUCUUCCUGUUCAUGCAAAGCAUCGGUGCUUAUAUCGGGCCCGUCGUCAUGGGCUACGCCGUGCAGAACGUGGGAUGGCGAUGGAUGUGGAACAUCACCUCGAUCAUGAUUGGCGUGACGCUUGCCGCAAGCCUGCUUCUGUUCGAGGAGACGAAGUACGUGCCAGUGUGCAACGGCGAGGCCAGCAGCACUCCGACCCAGAACACAUCGCCUGAGAGCUCGAGCUUGAAAGCUGGAGAUGGCGCAAUCGAUCUCGAUGAGACCCAACGUGUCACCACAACCGAGCUGGCCUACAAUCGCAGGUCCUACAGACAGCGAAUGGCGCUCGUGACUCCAACAGAUGAACCAAUCUUGCGCCACUUCUAUCAGCCAAUCUCGAUACUUUUCGCCAUCCCUGGGGUCGCUUACUGUGCCAUCACAUACGGUACCAUGCUGGCGUGGAUCUCCAUGCUAAGCUCGGCACAGAGUUACUACACCUUACUUCCGCCAUACAAUCUCGAUCCGAAUCAAGUCGGACUUCUUAGUCUGGGACCAUUCAUUGGCCUGUUCGUGGGUACCAUUAUCUUCUCGCCUGCAAGCGACUGGUCCAUCGUCAAGCUCUCUACCCGCAACAAGGGCGUCUUCGAGCCCGAAAUGCGUCUCUGGCUCUCGUUCCUCGGCGCUGCAUUAGGCUUCGUGGGAAUCUUGGUAUUUGGUUACUGCUUGGGACAGGGUCGCUCAAUAUAUGCUGUUUUGGCUGGCUACGCCAUCUAUAACGCAGGCUGGGUUAUAUGCGCGGACGUCUCCCUUACUUAUGUCCUGGAUUGCUACCACAAUAUCGUUGGUGACGGCAUGGUCGCGAUUGUCUUUUGCCGCAAUAUUAUUUCCGUUGUGAUGUUAUUCAUAUACACGCCAUGGAUCGAGCACAUGGGUAUCCAGAACACCUUUCUUGUGGUGGCAGUCAUCUGCUUGGUCGUCUGCGUGGCCUGUCCAGUCGUGCUCCUGCUCUUCGGGAAGCGCCUCCGGAUUGCCACUGCAAAGAGGUAUCGAGAUCUGUCUGGAAGGCAGGUGAGACAUCGUUGA